AAGAGGUGUGUGUGCACACGUGUCAGCGUGUGCAUGUGCUAAGAAUGCGUGUGAAGCAUGUGUGAAUGGAGUGGGGGUGUGUGGGACUGACUGUUUUGUGGACUGGCCACUCUGGCGCCUGUGCCUUUACUGGGCAGCCUCAGGCUGUUCUGUGGCCAGUUCCACUUUUUAGGACACCACAUCUAGAUCCCCCUCACUGGGGAUCUGACAUCUGGGCACAACCAUUGCUGGCUGGCAUCCCACAACUGGGGGCUUGACUGUAUCUAUCGUUUGCUAUUUGCUCAUUCCUGGUCUAUAUUGUGAGGCUCCUUAAGAGUAUGGGGUGUCCUUGGUCAGGUCCGUGCAGGGUUCAGGCUGGGGCUGCUGCCCGCACUGCGUGUGCUUCUGCACCCUUUGGUUCGUCUCUCACUCUAGUAAGCAUCUCUGCAUCAUUUGGAGCAGGCGGCGAGGUGCAGCAGUGCCUGUCUCAGUGAGGGCCUGGCUGCCUGGCUCUGUGCUUGCAGAGGGGUGUCUGCCUGCUGUCUGCUCUCAGGCCUUGUGGCUAAGGAAAGACCCACCCUGUCUUUGAUGACCAGAUCAUGCCGACUGCCCCCACCCUUGCAGCUGUCUGUAGCUAUAGCCCAAUUAUCAACCUCCUGUAUUUUCUUGUUUCAUUGAAGAUGCCUGGUGCAAGGUCUCUACUGUCCUGAGGGUGUUCUCUGUGCCCAGGUCUGUGCCAUCCAGAAAGGGUGUCCCCUGGGUGGGGCCCUCCCUGGCCCUGUUUGGUUCAGCAAUAGGGCAACUGAUAUGGAUCUAGCCCAGAGCUGGAGACCCUUCGGUGGUCAGAUGAGGCUCGGGGUGGUCUGGGGGCCCCUCCGCUGCAGUCUGCCCGAUCCCUGCCGGGCCCCGCCCCCUGCCUCAAGCACUUCCCGCUCGACCUGCGCACGUCUAUGGAUGGCAAAUGCAAGGAGAUCGCCGAGGAACUGUUCACCCGCUCACUGGCUGAGAGCGAGCUCCGUAGUGCCCCGUAUGAGUUCCCCGAGGAGAGCCCCAUUGAACAGCUGGAGGAGCGGCGGCAGCGGCUGGAGCGGCAGAUCAGCCAGGAUGUCAAGCUGGAGCCAGACAUCCUGCUUCGGGCCAAGCAAGAUUUCCUGAAGACGGACAGUGACUCGGACCUACAGCUCUACAAGGAACAGGGUGAGGGGCAGGGUGACCGGAGCCUGCGGGAGCGUGAUGUGCUGGAACGGGAGUUUCAGCGGGUCACCAUCUCUGGGGAGGAGAAGUGUGGGGUGCCAUUCACAGACCUGCUGGAUGCAGCCAAGAGUGUGGUGCGGGCGCUCUUCAUCCGGGAGAAGUACAUGGCCCUGUCCCUGCAGAGCUUCUGCCCCACCACCCGCCGCUACCUGCAGCAGCUAGCUGAAAAGCCUCUGGAGACCCGGACCUAUGAACAGGGCCCCGACACCCCUGUGUCUGCUGAUGCCCCGGUGCACCCCCCUGCGCUGGAGCAGCACCCGUAUGAGCACUGUGAGCCAAGCACCAUGCCUGGGGACCUGGGCUUGGGUCUGCGCAUGGUGCGGGGUGUGGUGCACGUCUACACCCGCAGGGAACCUGACGAGCAUUGCUCAGAGGUGGAGCUGCCAUACCCUGACCUGCAGGAAUUUGUGGCUGACGUCAAUGUGCUGAUGGCCCUGAUUAUCAAUGGCCCCAUAAAGUCAUUCUGCUACCGCCGGCUGCAGUACCUGAGCUCCAAGUUCCAGAUGCACGUGCUACUCAAUGAGAUGAAGGAGCUGGCCGCGCAGAAGAAAGUGCCACACCGAGAUUUCUACAACAUCCGCAAGGUGGACACCCACAUCCAUGCCUCGUCCUGCAUGAACCAGAAGCAUCUGCUGCGCUUCAUCAAGCGGGCGAUGAAGCGGCACCUGGAGGAGAUCGUGCACGUGGAGCAGGGCCGUGAACAGACGCUGCGGGAGGUCUUUGAGAGCAUGAAUCUCACAGCCUACGACCUGAGUGUGGACACGCUGGAUGUGCAUGCGGACAGGAACACUUUCCAUCGCUUUGACAAGUUUAAUGCCAAAUACAACCCUAUUGGGGAGUCCGUCCUCCGAGAGAUCUUCAUCAAGACGGACAACAGGGUAUCUGGGAAGUACUUUGCUCACAUCAUCAAGGAGGUGAUGUCAGACCUGGAGGAGAGCAAAUACCAGAAUGCAGAGCUGCGGCUCUCCAUUUACGGGCGCUCGAGGGAUGAGUGGGACAAGCUGGCGCGCUGGGCCGUCAUGCACCGCGUGCACUCCCCCAACGUGCGCUGGCUGGUGCAGGUGCCCCGCCUCUUUGAUGUGUACCGUACUAAGGGCCAGCUGGCCAACUUCCAGGAGAUGCUGGAGAACAUCUUCCUGCCACUGUUCGAGGCCACUGUGCACCCUGCCAGCCACCCGGAACUGCAUCUCUUCUUAGAGCAUGUGGAUGGUUUUGACAGCGUGGAUGACGAGUCCAAGCCUGAGAACCAUGUCUUCAACCUGGAGAGUCCCCUGCCUGAGGCGUGGGUGGAGGAGGACAACCCACCCUAUGCCUACUACCUAUACUACACCUUUGCCAACAUGGCCAUGUUGAACCACCUGCGCAGGCAGAGGGGCUUCCACACGUUUGUGCUGAGGCCACACUGUGGGGAGGCUGGGCCCAUCCACCACCUGGUGUCAGCCUUCAUGCUGGCUGAGAACAUUUCCCACGGGCUCCUUCUGCGCAAGGCCCCCGUCCUGCAGUACCUGUACUACCUGGCCCAGAUCGGCAUCGCCAUGUCCCCGCUCAGCAACAACAGCCUCUUCCUCAGCUAUCACCGGAAUCCGCUACCGGAGUACCUGUCCCGCGGCCUCAUGGUCUCCCUGUCCACUGAUGAUCCCCUGCAGUUCCACUUCACCAAGGAGCCGCUGAUGGAGGAGUACAGCAUCGCCACCCAGGUGUGGAAGCUCAGCUCCUGCGAUAUGUGUGAGCUGGCCCGCAACAGCGUGCUCAUGAGCGGCUUCUCGCACAAGGUAAAGAGCCACUGGCUGGGACCCAACUAUACCAAGGAAGGCCCUGAGGGGAAUGACAUCCGCCGGACCAACGUGCCAGACAUCCGUGUGGGCUACCGCUACGAGACCCUGUGCCAGGAGCUGGCGCUCAUCACGCAGGCAGUCCAGAGUGAGAUGCUGGAGACCAUUCCAGAGGAAGCGGGUAUCGCCAUGAGCCCAGGACCUCAGUGAGCCUGGUCCAUGAAGUGCCCACCACAUCGCAGCACUUUUACCACGUUUUGUCCUCAGACCCCUCCCAUGCUGUGUGGUCUCUGCAUGUCUCCAUUCUUCUCUGUCGCUGUCUUGCAUGUCUCCGACCAUGUCACUGUCCCUGGGCCACCCAGUGAAAGCAAAGCCUGGGAAUCUGCUCGUUGUUGUUUGGGCUCAGGUAUUGAGCCUGACGGCCCAGGUAUGGAGGACCUCCCCUGCUGGUGGCCCUGUCCUGGGAUCCUCAGAAGCCUGACUGUCCUAUAGGCUUCUCCAGUGUCCACAGGGGCUUGAGAUGGUUGUGGGGGGCUGGCCCCUCUAGCCUUUCAGGUCCUUCCUGGGCAAAUCUAAGCCUUGGCCAGGGCUGAAGUUUAGGCCCCUGUCUUGUUCAUGUAGCCUAGGGGCAGGCGGGGGACCUGUGCACCUCUGCUGUGGGCACGGGGCUGCUGAGGGUCUGUGGAACUCCAGCAGCUCCGCACUGGGUAGAGCUGGGCCGAGAGCUCAGUCACAGCCCUGGGCUUCCUGGCCUGAGUGGGUAGACACAGGCGGCAGAGGUGCUGGACCACAUCUCCGCCAAGUCACUGCCCAGCAGCCUUCUCCGUCCUGUCCCCAGCCCACGUGCUCCUUGGGUGUCAGCUUCCUGUGCCUCUGUGGGAGAGGGCAGCUGCCUUGUGUUAUGUCUGGGGCCACGGUUGCUGCAAGGUCCUGGAUCUGCCACUCAACCCCAGGAGUGGUGUUCUCAGUGUGGCUCCCAGAGCUGUGACCAGAUCAUGAUCCCAGCUGGCCCCUGUGUUGUGUUCUGGACUGAGGCCUUUGCUGUGAACUGCAGUGUUUCAUACGACCCAUCUUUCCUAGUGCAUGAGAAAUAAAGAUUAUUUAAGUAA